AUGCCCGAACCACCUAUGGACCGUGCCGGUUCUCCCCACGGCUCCGAAUACUCUCAACACUCUCGUCAUACAAUGGAAGGCGUCCCGCGUUCCUACCCAUCACCCAGCGCCAUGGUCGGCGCUCCUAUGCAGAUGCAGAUGCCUGUCUCCCACAUGGGACCUGGCCCUGUGAUCCUGCCCGGAAUCCCUCAGCACGAUAUGUCUCAGGGCAUGCCUCAGUACAAGGCGCCCGAGCAGCAGGCACCUCAGCAGCCCACCAAGGCUUACCCGUGCAGCACAUGCGGCAAGGGCUUUGCUCGCCGAAGUGAUCUUGCCCGUCACGAACGUAUCCACAGCGGAAUCCGCCCUCACGUUUGCGAUUUCCCCAACUGCGGAAAGCAAUUCAUUCAGCGAUCUGCUCUUACUGUCCAUCAGCGAGUCCACACCGGAGAGAAGCCUCACAUGUGUGAGCGUUGUGGCAAGCCUUUCAGUGACAGCAGUUCCUUGGCACGCCACCGUCGUAUCCACUCCGGCAAGCGUCCUUACAAGUGCCCGUACGCCGAUUGUCAGAAGACGUUCACUCGCCGUACUACCCUCACUCGGCACCAAAACCACCAUACCGGUACGGUAGAAGAGGCCGCUGCGGCCACCGCUGCUGCUCUGGCUGCUCGUGGAGCUACUGGCAAGCCGAACACGACCCGUUCUGACGGAGAUGCCAUGUCCAACCGCGGAUCGCCUCUUACGACGCCUUCGCCUGGCCAGCGGACUCUCUCAAUGUCCCCCAGUGCCGACAGCAUGCACCGUGCAAACUCUGAGUUCCAGUACAUGGGCAACAGCUCUCUUCCGGUUCACCUGCAGCGAGACAUGCACGUUGGCAGCCCGGCAUCGACAUCUUCCGGGGGCUACAACACUGGUAUGCGACCUACCUCGCACCCUACCAGCUACGGACCACCUCCGACACUCGAGCCCAGUGUCGAGCAGCACUCUGGCCCCGGCAGUGCUGGCGGUAGCCCUCACAUGGGUUCCGUCGGAUGGCAGUCUCCAUCGCACGUGCCGUCGCCCUCGCACAGCAGCAAUGGCUACACUUACCCCGACCCCGACGCCUACCCCUCUGCGCCUUCGCUCGGUGGCCAGAUGUUCUACGGCAAUCCAGCUCAGGUCCGCCGCCCUCAGAGCACUGAGCCUCCCGCUGGCGCCUAUGAUAUUAAGGGCCGUCAAGGCGAGCUUUGGGCAGGUGCUCACUAG